UAAUCUGGCAAGCCCCACAACUAAACGUCAUCGUUUACCAUCCUUCCGACCAGCGACAUUUUCUGGACUGGUGUAAAUUAAUUAUUUAGAAAAUUUAAAAAGGCAAAAUGUUGGGUCGUCUAGCUCCGGGUGUCUGCACCCAGGUGACCAUGGUGGUCAACCAUCAGCAGAACCGUAAUAUGGCCACUUUGAAGGCGAUUUCUAUGCGUCUCAAGUCGGUAAAGAAUAUCCAAAAAAUUACCCAGUCCAUGAAGAUGGUGUCGGCUGCCAAAUACACCCGUGCUGAACGUGAGCUUAGAGCCGCCCGCCCAUACGGCGAGGGUGCUGUCAUGUUCUAUGAACGUGCUGAGGUAUUAUAGUCUAAGAUGAUCCGCAACAAGCUGAAUGAGCCGGGCUCUGAGAACAUCAAAGUGAUCUGUGUUGGAGACAAGUCUCGCAGCAUCCUGCAGCGGUUAUACGGGAAGCACAUCAUUAGUGUGGCUAAUGAGAUUGGUCGCUUGCCGCCCACUUUCCAAGAUGCAGCAACCAUUGCUAAUGCUAUUCUUACUUCGGGCUAUGACUUUGGCUCUGGCAAGAUUAUCUACAACAAGUUCAAGUCUGUGGUGUCUUAUGCUCAAUCGGACUUGCCACUGUUCAGCCAGAAGGCUGUUGAGACUGCACCCAAGCUGGCCACCUACGAUUCUCUUGACUCCGGCGUGAUGCAAUCAUACAUGGAGUUCUCUCUCGCCUCCAUGCUGUUCUACGCUCUGAAGGAAGGCGCUUGUUCCGAGCAGUCCUCCCGCAUGACGGCCAUGGACAACGCCUCCAAGAACGCGGGAGAAAUGAUUGAAAAACUCACCCUUACCUUCAACAGAACCCGCCAAGCCGUCAUCACCAGAGAGCUCAUCGAAAUUAUCUCUGGUGCCGCCGCCUUGGACUAAACUAAUAAAAAAAAAAAACGUUUGGCGGGAAAUUUUUCGCUGUCACUGUCAAAAUUUGAAAUAAGAAUUGUAAAUUAUUGGAAAUAUAUUAAACAGUUUCGUCAAUCGUUGUUUGAUCCCGUAUUUAUUGCCGUAGCGAAUAAUGCAAUGCUGACAUUCCCGAACGAAGUUUCUAAAUACAUGUAAUCACACGCAAUACGUAACUGGCUUCAACAUCUUACGUGUGUUUGGUGACGCUCGUUCUAUUUCUUGUCGUAAACAAAACUUUGUAAGGAUAAAGUGGUGGUUAGCAAUAAAUAAUUAUUUAGAA